CAACCGAUGGCUUCAUGUUCGUCAACUUGAGGUGUAUCCUCUCCCUCUUUCGCAACACACACACCAGACAAAGACAAUGGCAUCUACAAGCAGCAGCGCCGGUCGCAAAGUGACAUCGAGCAAAGAUCUGGGCCAUGUGCUCGUUACUGGAGGAUGCGGUGGUCUGGGCACACAAAUCAUCAACCUCCUGCUCGAACGCAAGGCAUGCUCCAAGCUGUCGGCCAUGGACUUGAGACCGGCCAGCGAGCCCAUCAAUGGCUGCGAAUACCACUUCGGAGAUCUCACCAACGAGGGCGCAAUGCGCGAGCUGUUCAUCAAGAUCAAGCCUACCAUUGUCAUCCACACUGCCAGCCCCAAGUUCAACAUGGCCGACGAGAUCUUGUACAAGGUCAAUGUCGACGGAACCAAGACUCUCCUUCGCGUGUCUUCCGAGACUGGUGUCAAGGCCUUUGUCUACACUAGCAGCGCCAGUGUCAUCAGCGACAACUCGACAGACCUGAUCAACGCCGACGAGACUUACCCCCUCGUCACUGGCAAGGCCCAGCCCGAGUACUACACAAACACAAAGGCCCUCGCCGAGCAAGCCGUCCUCGAGUACAACCGCCCUGCUUCCAACCCCCGCUUCCUCACAUGCGCCCUCCGCCCCUCUGGCAUCUUCGGUGUUGGUGACCAAACUCUCCUUCCUCCUAUGCUUGCGCCAUACUACAAGGGUCAGACCAAGUUCCAGCUUGGUGAGAACAUCAACCUGUUUGAUUUCACCGAGUCUACCAACGUCGCUCAUGCCCACCACCUGGCUGCAGCUGCUCUCCUGACCACUGCUGAGCGUGAAGAGCAAGGUCAAAUCUCUCCUUUGGACCACGAGAAGGUGGAUGGCGAAGCUUUCUUCAUUACAAACGACUCUCCCAUGUACUUCUGGGACUUCACCCGCACUGCAUGGAGAAACUUGGGCGAUACCACAGCACCCAACCAGAUCUGGACCAUCAACAAGGACUUUGGACUCUUCAUUGCAACUCUGUUCGAGUGGAUCUUCUGGAUUUUCCAGUUGGGUGUCCCCAACCUGACCAGACAAAAGGUCAAGUUCAGCUGUAUGACCAGAUACUACAGCAUUGAGAAGGCCAAGAGAAGACUGGGUUACAGACCUGUUGUCGGCGUUACCGAGGGUCUUAAGAGAGGCGUGGCAGACUGUGUACGAAGAGGAGUGAUACCCGGUAGCCCCGAGGAGGCGCAGCGCUUGGGUUCGGAGUCGAAGAAGGCCCAGUAGAU